AUGGCAGGGAAUGAUAUAAAACAAAAUUUGCGAAAAUUAGAUUUUCCUUAUUGCGCUAGAGAGGCAUUAUGCAGAAUUGGUAAGACAUUGAUUAACAUAGGUUAGAUUAAGUUAGGUUAGCUUUAUAUUAUUGAAUGUUUUAAUUUUGUUACUAUCUUUAAAGAAAUAUUAUGCGGUAGACCUGGAAAACAAAUGGAUUUACAACUAGAUUUAAUAUCAGAAUUUGUAUUUGGAGAAAUAGAAAAGCGAAAAAAACGCAACCUAACGAUAGCGAUACAAGAGUUGCAAUUAAUAGAAGUCCUAAGCGAUUUUUUUCAAAGCCCUGGUGGAAGUGCCGCAGUACGCAACGCAGUAUUUUUAUCCCUUUUCCCUGCAGAUAGUCCUAGAUAUAAAAUCUUGGGCAAUUUAGUAUCUCUAGCUAUUGCUACUCAAAACAAAGCAGUUUUAAAUGCGACUGGAAUUUGGAUGCAACAACUAGGCUCUACUUCACCGCAGAGUGUAGGAUUAGCAAGGCACGUACUUAAUGACUAUUUUGUCCUUACUCCAAAAUCUAUUGACAAAUUGAAGCAGCUUCCUGUUCUUGCACCACAUUUCACUGCCAAUUUACUAACGGCAAUAGGUGAGAUUUAUGAAGAUAAAGAUCCUCCUACAGAACUGCUCAGAUUGGUAGGAGAAUGGAUAGAUGAAAACCCAAGUCUCUUAUUGACUCCUUUAAUAGACAAUCCUGCUUUACCAACUGGUGGCAUUCCAAUGACACCAAUAACACCAAUAGCAGGUUUAUUCAGGUGGUGUAUUUUGUCUCCUGUCCGUUCAAUUGACAUAGAAAAUACAGACUACUCUGAAGAACGAAAAAAAUUAUAUUCUAAAAUUCAACACUUGCUAAUGGAUUCGGUAUUGCGAUUAAAAAACAAUGGAAAUAAUAAACAUGCUAUAUCCGCGCAACAUUUCGCUGCCACCAUUCGAACUUUAACUGCUACUUUACAGUCUCAAACAAACAUUAAUUCUAUUUCACGUGAUCUAACUAUGGAACGACUUGCGCAAGCUGUUAGUGCAGCCAUGUCUGCAAACUGUAUUUAUGGAAACAAACGUACAUAUCAUAAUUUUUUAAUAUAAAAUUAAUUUAUUAAAAGUUAAUUUGUAUCUUCUUUUUUUUACAGAGGAGUUAUUAGCUUUGUUACAACCUUUAUCCUAUCAGCAUUUUUUAAUUGAAUGGACUUUACAAACUUAUGCAUCUAAAGCUGCUUAA